AAGCAAAAAUAUCUCUCUACUUUCCUUUCCUAUUUUCUCUGUGCAAACAAUAAUCAUGGAGUUUUCUUCUCGUUUCGUUUUACUGAUUCUUCUCUCAACAACUGCAGUUGUUCUUGCGUAUACCGAAGAAUCAAUAGAAACACAAGAUCUAUUGAUUCGUCAGGUAGUACCAGAAUCAUCAUCAUCGAACCAACUUGAUGAUUUAAUCUUAAACGCAGAGCACCAUUUUUCAAAUUUUGUCAAAGAGUUUGGGAAAGUAUAUGCAGAUAUUGAAGAACAUGCUUAUAGAUUGAAGGUAUUUAAAAAGAAUUUAUUAAGAGCUAAAAGACAUCAGAAGUUCGAUCCUUCUGCCGUUCAUGGGAUUACUAAGUUUUCUGAUUUAACUCCUCGAGAGUUUAAGAGAAACUAUUUGGGUUUAAGAAGGAAACUCGAUCUUCCUUCUGAUGCUAAUCAAGCUCCUAUUUUACCUACUAAAGAUCUUCCUACUGAUUUUGAUUGGAGAGAUCAUGGUGCUGUUACUGGUGUUAAGAAUCAGGGUACUUGUGGAUCUUGCUGGUCAUUCAGCGCAACUGGAGCCUUGGAAGGUGCUAAUUUUCUCGCUACUGGGAAACUUGUUAGCCUCAGUGAGCAACAGCUAGUGGAUUGUGAUCAUGUGUGUGAUGCAGAGUCACCCAGUUCAUGUGAUGCUGGAUGUGGUGGUGGGUUGAUGACUAGUGCCUUUGAAUACACACUCAAAGCUGGUGGACUGGAGAAGGAGGAAGACUAUCCAUACACUGGGAAAGAUCGUGGUCCAUGCAAAUUUGACAAGACAAAGACUGCUGCCUCAGUCUCUAACUUCAGUGUCGUCUCCUUAGACGAAGAACAAAUUGCUGCAAACCUUGUUCAGCAUGGUCCUCUUGCAGUGGGUAUCAAUGCCGCUUGGAUGCAGACAUACAUUGGGGGAGUUUCAUGCCCUUACAUAUGUACACACAGGUUGAAUCACGGUGUAUUACUUGUUGGGUACGGCUCUGCUGGUCAUGCUCCACUCCGAAUGAAGGACGUGCCAUACUGGAUCAUUAAGAACUCAUGGGGAGAAAGUUGGGGAGAGAAAGGCUACUACAAAAUCUGCAGAGGCCACAACGCAUGUGGAGUUGAUUCCAUGGUUUCCAGUGUGGCUGCGAUCCAUACUACCCCUGCCAAACCAUAGAAAAUAUAAGAUAAAAUCGUCGCACUGGUUUAGAUAGUAAGUGAUGGUGGUAACUCUUCAUUAUGUUUUCUGUUGCUUGUACAUAAAGAAUGAAAAGAUGUGACAUUAUAUGGCCCCUCUCUAAUCUCUCUCUCUAUAUCAAGUUGUUUUUCAAACUAUAAUCUCUGAAUUCUUAUAAGUUUUAUCUGAAAGUGAAUCAGGAACUGCUUGUAAUUUUAUUACUUCCCCAUAUGGACGAUGUUUGAAUAUAAAUUAAUGUACAUGCUAUUUAUUCAUUUUGUC